AUCCGGUUAAAUGAAAGAAAGGACACUCUUGAUAUUUAUUUUAGAUACAGUUUAAUAUAAACACUUGUAAAUAGUAAUAAUUAUUAUUGUGUCAUUGUUUAAUGUCACAUGAGAACAAUUUUUAUCUUAUCCUUGAUUGGACAUUUAACCGGGCCUAUCGCUGUAACUUCAUAUAUCUAUCCUAUAUCAAACUGUAAUACGUAUGACUUAUUUAAUCACACAAAGAUGACGCGAGGGUGUUUAAUAUUAUGUUGUUAUGCUGGAAUAUUAUUUGCAAGUAUUUCGCCGGUAAAGGGACUCAUUAAACCGCCGAAGAAAUACAUAGUGAAUCUUGACGUGGAACCAGAGAAAAGAUGGCAGGAAGUUGCUUUGGAUCAUACAUUUCUAAUCAAGGAUAUUCAAUCAAUCGUGACUUCAGUGAUACCCAAAGAUAUACUGCCGUAUAUAGAACUUAUUGCCACAGACAUAGAUUAUUAUCUACCUAAACCCUAUGCUGGUGAAAUGAGAGGAUUUGCUAAGGCAUUGAACAUAAGUGUAGGAGAUAUUGUCAUGACCAAUCUUAUCUAUGAUGUCUCCGCAUUUUGCACAAGCAUAAUAUCACAAGACGACAAAGGUCAAAUCUGGCAUUCAAGAAACUUAGACUACCCCUUCACAGGUAUUCUAGAGAACAUAACUAUUGCUGUGGAUUUCCAGUCACGUGGUCAGACGGUGUACAGUGUGGUAACCUAUGCUGGGUAUAUCGGUGCUUUAACUGGGCAACGUCCUAAUGUAUUUACCGUCACCGUAGAUGAAAGAGACCAGGGGUCAAUUAUAUGGAACCUUGUGAUUGGAAUUCUUGACAAAAAUGUGGUACCAGUGUCUUUCCUUGUUAGAGAUGCCCUUGCUAAUGACACGACUUUUGAGGCAGCCAUUAACCGUUUGUCCUACACACCAACAGCAGCAGAUGCGUAUUUUAUCAUGGGUGGGGUAAAACCAGGAGAAGGCGCUGUCAUAACAAAGGGGCGGCUUGCACCAGAUGAUGUCUGGAGACUAGAUCCAGCUAAUGGAAGAUGGUUCCUGGUUGAAACCAACUAUGAUCACUGGACACCUCCGCCACCUAAUGACAAUAGAAGAGAUCCAGCCAUUAAAGCGAUAUCAAGUUUAGGACAGGCCAAUAUAACCGUAAUGAAUUUGUUUAAUGUAAUGUCCACUCCUAAAGUGUUGAACUCUGAUACAACCUAUACUGUUGUUAUGUCAGCCGCGAAGCCAUCACUGAUGCAGACAUGGAUAAGGGAUUAAUUCCUGGAACAAUAUAUCAGCGGUGAUAUUACGAGUUAUUCUUGCAAUAAGUGCAAUAUCUAGUUAAUAUUUUAUGAUAUGAUAGUCUUUGACGUUUGUUCAACUGUGUAUAUGAUACAACUGUGGUUGUUGCUGAGCUUUAUAUACUUAAGAAAACUACAUGCAUUUCAUAUUAAAGCAGUGUGUUAUACUAGUAUUUCAUUGUUUUGCUCAUGUGUUGAUAGAAUGUAUUGCUUUUAAAAUUUAUACCAAAUGAUAUUUUUGGGAAUAAAAUGCUUGAAAUUCA